AAAUUUAUAAAUAAGUUAAUCUCAAUUUUACCUAAAAAUCGCCUGUUAAAUACCGUCGUGGGGGAAGCGUCGACGGGCAAAAACCUAAUGGAAGAGGGCAUGUUUGGGAUCGUGCGUCAAACAUAUCAAAAGGAUGAGGGCGUUGUUAGCAUCGCAGGGUGUCGGAGUCUGGCAAAAACCUUAAGGGAGAGGGCAUAUGGGUCAGGGCUGGGGCUUUUUUUUUGCAAUUGCGAGUGCGGAUUUUUAAAAAGAAAUUUUGAGUUGCGGAUUGCAAGCUGCGGAAUCUUUUUUUUCGAUUGCGCCCAGCCCUGCUAUCGGUAG